AUGUUACAACGUGCCGAUGUGCGACCCAGCUUGCUUGCUCAGGCGGGGGAGAUUGCUAGCAACUUCGACAUAUCUCCUGAUCACAUUCAACAACUGACGAGGCACUUCGUAUGUCAACUAAAGGAUGGGCUUGUUAAUCGCCGUGCCUGGCAACUACCUGCCUACGUAACAAGGGUACCGACGGGAACAGAAAGGGGCAAGUUCCUGGCUGUUGAUCUCGGUGGUAGUAACUGUAGAAUAUGUCUCGUGGAUUUACAUGGGGAUUCUACUUUUACAAUUAUCCAAAGCAAGCAUAAAGUGCCGCCCGAUGUCAUGGUAAACCAGAGUUACCGGCCUCUUUUCGACUUUAUUGCAGAAAAGAUAGCGGGUUUUCUUGCUUCGCAUCCAGAUUCAGACCUCAAGGGCAACAGCGCUACGGAUCAAAAGCAUCAUAUACCAUACAACCUAGGUUUCACCUUUAGUUUCACGUGCGAACAGUCAUCUCUCUCUCGUGCAACCUUGAUUCACUGGGACAAAGGCUGGGAUAUCCCUGAGGCGAUUGGCAAGGAUCCCUGCGUCAUGUUACAAGAGGCCAUCGAUAAAUUGGAACUGCCAGUUGCGGUAGCCGUCCUCGCCAACGACAGCGUUGGUGCUCUCUUGACAAGAUCGUACACUUCAAGCCAGAAAACCUCGACCCUGGGCGCAGUAAUAUUUGGAACGGGAACCAACGCGGCUUAUAUCGAAAAAAUGUCGAAUGUCCAGUGGCUCGCCAAGAAAGGGGGCGAAGGCGAGAUAAUGGUGAUGAAUACGGAAUGGGGCUGUCUCGGUGACCACCUUGACGUCUUACCAAGAACACUAUUCGAUGAUGAGCUUGACCGGGUUUCGACUGAGCCGGGCUCUCAGAUGCUGGAGAAGAGAGUUUCGGGCUUGUACCUCGGAGAGUUGCUACGAUUGGCGAUUCUGCGCUUGGUAGACGCUGGUGCUUUCAGUUUAAAGUUCAGCAAGAGCUCAACCCUUUUUCAGCGAGAAGGCAUCGAUAGCUCCUUUCUCUCCCAUCUCGCAAUUGCCGCUGACGAUAAACAUGCGUCUAAGCUCAUCGAGGAAACGCUGUCAGCAGGAAAUGUCACUGCCGACGAUGUUCACGCCAUUAAAUUACUGACUACUUCUAUCUGCCGGCGAGCAGGGAGGUUGGCAGGGGCGUCACUGUCAGCUCUCAUUAUACAAAGCGGGCGGUUAAAAACCCUCAGCUAUGAAGGCAAGUGCCAGGGUGUUGAGGUCACAGAGUACGAGACAUCAAAAACCCCGGAGGUACCAAUUAGCGCCCUAGAACGCUUUACCUGCCGUUUGAAAUGUGUUUGGCGCCGAAUUCUUCAGAUUCUGGGCAUGAAGUCGCUGGUUGGAACGUCGAUACCUUAUAUACGACACCGGGAGGCAUCGGAGUCGACUGAAGAUUGUCUAGAGGAGAACGUGAUUGACAUCGGUGCUGAUGGUUCACUGAUCGAAUUCUACCCAAACUUUGAGGCUGAGAUGCGCGGUGCAAUGCGGGAAGUGCCGGAGAUUGGUCUCCAUGGUGAACGAAAAGUGCGAAUAAGCCUUACUAAGGAUGGUUCUGGGGUGGGUGCUGCUUUGAUGGCGCAAGCAGUAAAAAGCCAAUUAUGA